AACGAUUUCUUUUUUCCGAUAUGGUGUUGAGUAUUAACCCAGAUUUAAUCUGUCAGAUGCAGAAUGUAGUCAUGUUGUAAACUAUUUUGUAUGGUGACGUUUCACAGUCAUUGCACUGUUAUUGUUUAAUGUGAGCAGCAACUACUUUUAGCUAGAGAGCUAGUCUGUCUAGUGCUGGACCGAAACUCAUUGUUUCAUUGUCUGAGUUUCAGUAAGAGUCGCUGAUUGCCCUUUUAGUGUUUUGCUGCUCCGUUGUUUGUCUGCUUGUCAGUUGUGAAAAACGUAGGCAGUUUAAUGAUGGAAGUGGCAUAUGUGUGCGAAUGGGAGAAGAGACCCAAAAGCAACCACUGCCCGUCCAUUCCGCUGGUGUGUGCUUGGUCAUGUAGGAAUCUCAUCGCGUUCACCACAGACUUCAGAAAUGAAGAAGACGACAAAGACCUCAGCCACAUGAUUCAUAUCAUUGACACAGAACAUCCCUGGGAUGUUUACUCCAUCAACUCUGGGCACUCUGAGGUCAUUUCCUGUUUAGAAUGGGACCAGUCAGGCUCCAGGCUGCUGUCUGCUGAUGGCGAUGGGCAGAUUAAGUGUUGGGGGAUGUCCGAGCAUCUGGUGAAUAGUUGGGAGAGUAGACAGGGCAGCUCUGUGGACGGAGACCCAAUCGUGGCUCUGUCCUGGCUGCACAAUGGAGUCAAACUUGCCCUGCAUGUGGAAAAGUCUGGCUCCACUAACUUUGGGGAGAAGUUUUCACGGGUAAAGUUUUCUCCGUCUCUGACGCUGUUUGGUGGAAAGCCCAUGGAGGGCUGGCUGGCCGUGACAGUGAGCGGUUUGGUGACGGUUUCUCUGUUGAAGCCGAACGGCGCUCUGCUGACCGCCAGCGAGAGUUUGUGUCGUCUGCGCGGCCGAGUGGCCCUCGCCGACAUCGCCUUCACUGGUGGCGGGAACAUCGUAGUCGCGGCAACAGACGGCAGCAGUUCAUCUCCGGUGCAGUUUUAUAAAGUGUGUGUGAGUGUGGUGAAUGAGAAAUGUCGCAUUGACACGGAGCUUCUGCCCUCCCUGUUCAUGCGCUGUACCACUGACCCGGUGCGCAGAGACAAGUACCCUGCUGUCACACACCUGAAAUUCCUUACCCGCGAGAACUCUGAACAGGUGCUGCUGUGUGCGUCCAGUCAGACAGCGAGUAUAGUGGAGUGUUGGUCUCUGAGGAAGGAGGGGCUUCCAGUAAACAACAUCUUUCAGCAUCGCUCGCCUGUUGUGGGCGAGAAGCAGCCAAUGAUUUUGAAGUGGCGAAUUCUCUCAGCCACUAAUGACCUGGAGAGAGUCUCCGCAGUGGCUCUGCCCAAACUGCCGAUUUCCAUCUCCAACACCGACCUCAAGGUCGCCUCCGACACCAAGUUCUUCCCAGGCCUCGGCUUGGCUCUGGCCUUCCACGAUGGCAGCGUUCAGAUCCUGCAUCGUCUGUCUCUGCACACGAUGGGUGUUUUCUAUGGAGGCUCCUCCUCUGGCUCCUCCCAGCGCACUGAUGAGCCACCAAUCAAACGACAACGUGGGGGUGGGGCCACUAUACACUUCAAAACAUUGCAGUUCUCCUGGACAUCUUUGGCACUAGUGGGAGUGGACAACCAUGGCAAGCUCCACAUGAUUCGGGUGUCUCCCUCUAUGGGUCAGAUGUUGGAUAUGAACACGUUAUUGCGCCACCUGCUGUUUCUGCUGGAGUAUUGCAUGGUGACAGGGUAUGACUGGUGGGAUGUGCUGCUGCAUGUGCAGCCCGGCAUGGUGCACAGCCUGGUAGAGAAACUACACGAGGAGUAUAUGAGACAGAACCAGGCCUUGCAACAGGUGCUGUCCACGCGGAUCUUGGCAGUGAAAGCUUCGUUGUGUAAGUUGUCAUCAGCGACAGCGGCACGGGCGUGUGAUUUCCACGCUAAACUUCUCCUCAUCGCCAUCUGCUCAACACUGAAAUCUCUCCUUAGACCACACACACUCAACACACCAGACAAGAGCCCUGGAGACAGACUCACAGAGAUCUGUGCCAAGAACACUGACACAGAUAUUGAUAAGGUGAUGAUUAAUCUGAAGACUGAGGAGUUUGUGUUGGAUGGGCCUCCGCUACAGUCCUUGCAGCAGUUGAUUCAGUGGGUGGGCGACUUCGUCCUGUAUCUGCUCGCCAACCUACCCAACCAGGGCUCUAUCGUGCGUCCUGGUUUUGGCUUUCUGCGCGAUGGCGCAUCCCUAGCGAUGUUGAGGGAGAUGAUGGUGAUGGUGCGGAUUUGGGGUUUGCUGAAACCCGGCUGUCUGCCCAUCUACACUGCAACAUCAGACAACCAGGACAGCAUGUCCCUUCUGUUCCGCCUGCUCACAAAACUCUGGCUCUGCUCUCGUGAUGAAAGCCAUCCUCAGGACCCUGAUGAAGGACUGGUGGAUGAAUGCUGUUUGCUGCCGAGUCAGUUACUGCUCCCUGCUAUGGACUGGCUCCCCGCCAACGAUGGCAUCAUCACUAAGAUCCAGAGCAAACACUCUCUACGCCUGCAGUUCACCAAAAGCUACACCCUUCCCACAGUCAACUCAACCUCACAGGACAUAUUCUCCAGGAGUCCUGGGUCUCAGCGUACUGACAGUCUGCGUUGUCUGCAUAUGGGAGUCAGUCCCACAGAGGAGAGCAAAGCCUGCACAAGGUGUGGGUGUGUGACUAUGCUGCGAUCUCCUAAUAAAUCCAAUGCCAUGAAGCAGUGGGAGCAGCGCUGGAUUAAGAACUGUCUGUGUGGGGGUCUGUGGAGGAGGAUCCCUGCCACUGUGUCUUAAUGGAAACCAUGGCAACCGCAUCCCACUGACCAUGACCGUACCCCUCUCACCUCAGUCACAGAGUGAGUGACUGUCCGCUCCUCAGCCUGGACUGUGUGUCAGAGAGUCUGAUUCACUCUCU